UUGCAGUGUGUUAUUAUUAUCAUUAUCGAGGCCUCCCAUAUUUUCUUUUCGUUUUUUUUUUUCUUUUCGUACAACUCUCUCGAGUGUAGUUACGUAACCGAAUAAAAAGAUACAAUGAAGUCAAAAACAACAGAGAAUUUUAUUGCUAGUGAAAGCAACGGGGUUAAGAAGGAACAAACUAUGGAAGAGACCACCACCACCAAGCAAAAACAAUUGAAAAAGGGGAAAACAUUUUGCCAGUCUUGUAAGAAGAAGUGCAGCGGGGAGGUGCUAAGGGUACAAGACAAGUACUUUCACAUAAGUUGUUUCAAAUGCGCACAAUGCAAUGCCAGUUUAGCACAGGGUGGAUUCUUUGCUCGGGAAGGUUCCUAUUAUUGUACCAAGGAUUAUCGAGAACGUUGGGGUACAAAAUGUGCCGGUUGCGGGGAAUACGUGGAAGGUGACGUGGUAACAGCCGGAGAGAAACACGCAUUUCAUCCGAAUUGUUUUCACUGUCAAAGAUGCAGACAACCGUUGCUUGGGCAAGGAACGAAAGUAUCUCUCGUACAAGGUCAAGCUUUAUGUCAUCGAUGCGUUGGUAUCCCUGUACGAGAAGCUUCAACACCAGUGGGGAAUAUUGGUGGUACUCGAGGAUCAUCUGGUGAUGCCACCAGUGACCCUGGUGCUUGUGCUGGCUGCGGAAACCAAUUGCGAGAAGGUCAAGCUUUGGUUGCUCUCGAUCGUCAAUGGCACGUUUGGUGUUUCAAAUGUCACAGUUGUGACACCGUUCUACAUGGCGAAUAUAUGGGAAAAGACGGCGUGCCUUACUGCGAGAAAGAUUAUCAGAAACAAUUUGGGGUGAAGUGUGCUUAUUGUAAUCGUUACAUAAGCGGCAAGGUACUCCAAGCUGGUGAUAAUCAUCAUUUUCAUCCAACUUGUGCGCGUUGCACCAAAUGCGGUGACCCAUUUGGCGACGGUGAAGAAAUGUAUUUGCAAGGUGCAGCCAUUUGGCAUCCUCGUUGUGGUCCAGGACCAACUGGACCCAAUGGUAUUGUCAAUGGACAUGGGGAAGGUGCUCACACUCCCCAACACAGAGAAUCCGAGAGAAUUUCCAGUAGCGCCUCGGAAAUGCAGUUUUCAUUGCGGUCACGCACGCCAAGCCUGAACGGAUCACUAUGCAGCCCUUACAGCAGUCUCAGUCGCAAGUAUUAUCCUGCACGAACCGGCAGUCCUGGAUUGAUCCUGAGAGAAUACGGAAGAGGAGGACCCGAAGAUGUUUCUAGGAUUUACACUUAUUCUUAUUUGACUGAAACACCAAGUCAAGGAUAUCUGAGACGUCCGAUACAACCCUACGACAAACCACCGACGAGCCCACAUUUUCAUAGACCCAGUUCAUCUCGUUCGAUAAGAAGUAGCGGAGGACGUAGUAGCAGAUCAGGAAUGAGAGCACUGGUCGAUGCUCUGAGCGAAACUCGACCAAAGUCACCUGCUGCUGGAAGUCAGGUUGACAAUGACGAACCAAUCGAAUUGGCACAUUAUCCGGAUGCUAUGAAACCUCCGCCUGGUGCACAACCACCAAUAGAAAGAGAUGAUUUUCCAGCUCCACCUUAUCCUUACACAGAUCCUGAAAGACGUAGACGAUGGUCAGAUACUUACAAGGGGGUACCCGCAUCGGAUGACGAGGACGAGGUAGAUAACAAGAUGUAUAUCAAAGAAGUUGAACAAAAAUUGAAGAAAGAACAGGACGAGUUGAGUAAGAUUGACACUGGAAUAGCUAAAGUAUUCCUACAGGAUCGUGAAAAGGAUCGGGAAAAUUUAAGACACAAAGCUGCCAACGUUGAUCCAAGAAAUGCUUCAAGAACACCAUCAGCUGCAAGGGAACCAACUUAUAGGCUACGAUACGAGAGUCCUGUUGGAGCAUCACCAUCGAGAAACAUAGAUCACGCACGACCGUGGGAAGACGACGAUGGUUUUAGUUACAAAUCGAGUGGGCCCAGUUACAACGUUGGAAGGUCAUCGGCGCGUUCCCCGGCUCCCAGAAACUAUCCACCCCUUGGUACUCAACGCGCCUUCACUCUUCCAAACGCCACUAGGCACUAUCAUUCGGGUGAUUAUUCGUUCAGUGGGAUGGGGGACAAGACGCACAGCACUGAUUUCUCAUCCGGCAAAUCAGAUAUAUCGACAGGCAGCAUCACGGAUGUGGAUCGACGGGCAUUGGUAUGUACCACAGCCCCAUACUACUCCCGGCGAAUUAGCAU